AUGGUAGAAGAAACCAAAACUCAAGCUGGCUCAAGCAAGGCCAAAGGAGGUAGAAAGGGUAAGGCUGCCCAACUGCAAGUUGCCAAUAAUGAGGCCACCAAUGAGACAGAGACCAAGGUGAUUGAUGAUGAUGCCAAUGAAGAAACUGAUUCUGACUCUGACCUUGACAGUGGUGGCAAGCAAUACAACUUCUGCACCUUGGCAAAACUCCUCAAGCCAGUGCCCAAGCUUACAUCACACAACUACUACAGUUGGAAUGCCCACAUCAAGUCUUUCCUCCAAUGUGUCCCCCAUGCCAUGAAAUACCUUGAGGUAGUGUAUGACAAGAAGCACCCCAAGUGGAACUGCACCUUUGAUGACACCUUGACAAAUGCACUGCAUGGCACCAUCAAUACUACUGGGGAAUACAAUGUCAAUUACUUGAUCCUCAACAUCAUCAGGGAGCAUUAUAUAUUCCAUCAGAAGUGCACUAUCUGCCACCCAAUGUAUAAAGAAAUGGUCACCACCAUUAACCAGCUCACUUUCAGCACCCUUGCUACCACCUUGACUAUUCAGCAGUCAGUGAUCAAGAAUAACCCUGCUCAGAGGGUUAAACCCCACCAAGCCAGUGCCAGAGUCACUGGCAGCAAUGACCAGGACAAGCCAACCAGGAAGGAUGAGAAAGACAAGAAGGAUGAAGACCACACCAGUGCCAAGGUUGCUGCUAGGCCCCAAAGGAUUUGA